CAGUCCUGGCUGGUCCCGCCGUCCCAGAAUAAGAGCUCUUCGGCGACUCAGAGGCUAAGGCGAGCCCCCUACCCCCAUUCCCACUCGCGAUCCCCUCCCCUCCCCUCCCCUCCGUGGGCCCGAGAUGCCGAAGGCCGCGGGGAGCCAGGAGGCCCGGGCUGCACUCCCGGGUUUGGGCUGUUCGCGACUCCGCAUUUGCUCCAUCAGUCCUGGCCUCCCCCGGAGCCUCCUACUCUUGACCUGGCUCAGCCUGUGCUGGGAAGGAGAGGGCCGCAUUCAGGGACCCAACCCCCCGACACUGAGGCUCAACCUGCUGGCCCUGCCCCACUCCACUCGCCAACAGGGGCCUGGGCACUGGACAUCAUGGGGGGCAUGGACUGGCUGCUCCAGCACCUGUGGGGAUGGGGCGAGUGUCCGCAGCCGCCGGUGUAUCAGGCUUCCAGAGGAAGAUCCAUGCAAUGGAGACUCCCGUCAGUACCGCCUGUGUCAUAUCACCGCCUGUCCCCCGGGAGCUGUGCCUUUCCGGGAAUUGCAAUGCGCCCUCUACAAUGCCAGGCCAAUCCCAGGCCACCAGGCUACCUACCAGUGGGUGCCCUUUCAUGGGGCUCCCAACCUGUGUGACCUGAACUGCCUCGCUGAAGGCCACACUUUCUACUACACAUUUGGCCGGGUCCUGGAUGGGACCCACUGUGGCCCGGACACCGACGGCCUCUGCAUCAGUGGCCGAUGCCUUAGCGUGGGCUGUGAUGGUGUCCUAGGUUCGGGGGCUCGGGAGGAUCACUGUGGCACGUGCGGUGGCGCCAACGACUCCUGCCUCUUCAUCCAGAGGGUGUACCGGGAGGCCGCGCCUACCUCCGGCUUCUUCGGCUAUAGAAAUGUGACCCGUAUCCCCACCGGGGCCCGACACAUCAGGGUAACUGAUCAGAGCCGCAACUAUCUCGCGCUGAUGGGCAGCGACGGGCGCCACGUGAUUAAUGGGAACUGGGCCAUCGACUGGCCUGGGGUCUAUGAGGUGGCAGGCACCCAGGUGCGAUACAUCCGCUCAGCUGGCCACCACGAGAGCCUGGAGGCAGUGGGGCCCACGGGCGAGGACCUGCUCUUACAGGUCCUGUUCCAGGAGGCCAACCCUGGCAUCGAGUUUGAAUUCUGGCUGCCUCGGGCUCUCUACUGGAGCUUCCAGGGGACUUGGGGUGACUUCAGUGCCCUGCGGCAGCCCCAGACCCGAGAGGUGGAGGUGCCCUCCUCCCAGGAUCCCCCACCAAGGGCCUGGUCACACACAGGCCACGAGAGCCCCCGCAGAGACACCCAGAUGACUCCAGGGAGAGAGGUAUGCCCCCUUGCUUCUUCCUUCCCCCUCACCCCCGUCCCCCUGAUUCCUCCUGAUUCCUCCACCAGCCCAAUCCCCCAGUGCCUCGGGAGCAUGGGGGCUCGAACCCUCCCCUCCCUUGUGGGAGAGGCAGCCAAAUCCAGAGGGCUGGAGCUGGGAGGAGUGGGCUUCUCUGGGUGGGUGAUGGAAAGGAGACCAGUUCUCCCCUACAUAGCAUCAUCCCCAGGGGCCUCUCUCUCCUCUCUCCUUUCCCUCAACCCCUCCGUGCUUCUCCCAGGGACCUGCCGGGCAUGCCCCAACCCCAAGGGCCACUCCCGCCGCUUGCAGCACUACUGCCAGAGUGAUUUCGUGUUCCGAGGCCGGGUGCUGGCACGGCGGCAGGUGGGGCAGGAGACCCGCUAUGAUGUGCAGGUUCAGCACACCUACAAGAACCUGUACCCGCUGGAGCGGCGCGAGUACCUGUGGGCCCCGGGCGUGUGCCCCUGCCCCUUGCUGGCUGAGCAGCGGGAGUACCUGCUGACCGCCCGGCGCCACGUCAACUACGAGGGCACUCUCAACCGCCUGCUGCUGCCCCGAGCUGGCUACGCCCGCCCCUGGUCCCCCCGCCAGGACACCUUGAUACGAGAGGCAGCUAAGCAUUGCCCGCGCUCACGGGCCGGCUGAGGCCUGGGGGGGGCCAAACCAAGACCAUGCGGGGAGGCCCUGGCAGGUGCCCACUGAAGGUGCCCUUCCCGAGGAGGGGCGGAGCCAGGCCUUGCAGAGGGAGGGGCACCUGCAGGAGUCGUGUCUACAUUCACGUGUGACCGUUCAAUUCCUUCCGACCCGGUCCCACCUCUCCACAUUGGGCAGGAUAAGAGCCAAUGUCUCCCCCCACCCCCGUCCCCUCUCCGGUCGCAGCCACCCUGUAAGCUCUUAUGGCUUCCUAGCCCGGACCACAGCUCCCGAGUCUCCCCUGGGGCUCAGGGAGGUUGGCAUCACUGGUUCACUGGGCCCCUAGAUGAUCUCUCUCUACUCCUAGGUUGGGGGCCCAGGUUGUCAGAACCUGGGGCGGGAGUUGAGCCACGAUCAGGUGGAUGAAGGAGGCGGGACAGCUGACCACCCCUCCCCCGACUACCUGCCGGGAACUCGGACACCUUUGGAGGGUUUCGUCCAGGAGGGGUUGAUGUUAAAGGGGAGGGGGAAGGAAGAGGAGGAGUCCCUCAAACCACUUUCCUCGGGAACUGUGGGAAUGGGUAUUCUCCCAAUCCUCCCCCCCCCCCCCCGCAUCAUCAUCAUCCACUGAAUUUCUAUUUUGCUUUUAUUUUUCUAAAGCAUUUACAUAUCCAUAGUCGCACUUUGUCUUCACAAUAGCCCUGUGAGAGAGGAAGAGGCAGCUACUAUUAUUCCCAUUUUACUAAUGAGAAAACAGAAGACCAGGAAAGGGCUAAACUACAUGCCCGAGAUCACCCAGCAAACCAGAGGCUCAGGUCUCCAGCCUCCGAGACUGCACUCUUUCUGCUAGACUGUGCUGCAUGCUGCAGGUGCAUAAACAUACGAAGCCACACGUGUAUUACACAUGCAACCCCACACAUGAAAAUGGGCCAAGUCCCAUAAACCCAUGUAGACAUACAUGCACAUGUGCACACACAUAUACAGGCACGUCUGCCCCCUUCUUGUUCCUCCAGUUACCCCUCACUCUCCUGGCCCUGUGCCCUCAGCAUCCCCCCGCUCUGCCUUUCAGGCUGACUACCCUCCUCCUUCCCCUCACUCCAGGCUGCAGGGCCGGGGGCUCUUACUCUGGCUACUUGGGGGAAGGACUGGUCUCCUCCUGGAGAGGGGAGCCGGGGUACUGGGUGAACCCAUCUAGAACAGUCCUGUGGUGAGAGGGCACGACUGAAAGAGAGGAGGCUGGGUGAGGCACAGUUAACAUCUCUCGGUCUCACACCAGUGGCCCCAGCAGCUUCCCCCACACCCCUUCAUCUCCACACCUCCUUUUCCAGUAAUUUAUUUUUGCAGAAUAAACUAAUUCACCUCCAUCCCUCCUUUCCUUUUUGUCUGACUUUCCUCUCCCCCCUGCUCCCAUAGCUGCCAAUUGUUCACUGUGAAGGGAUGGGGGAGUAAAAUGUCAAGGUGGG